UAAAAAACAUUCUAACGGUCCAUCUCUCGGCCGUGAGAUCUGAAAGUGUGAGGCGUGUUUUUUGGUUUCAGCUGUGAACAUCUCACGAGUUAAUCUCACGGGCGUACUACAUCUAUGCUAAUCGGUCAAUCUUUAUCGAUGUACUUCAUAAUGAGUUGGAGAUCAGCAAGCAAGCAGAUCAGUUGACAAAAUAUAUCCCACACAACUAACCAUCGUAAGAUAUUCGAAUUAGCAACCCCCUCCAAAAAAUUUAACAAUAUGAGAAGCAACAAGGACAAACUUUGAGCAAUAGCUUAAUGACUAGAGACCUCACAGAAUUGAGAAUGCUUCAUUUCUCUUGCGUUUCCUCCUCAAGUCACCCUGAUUUCAUGAACUAAUUCUUGACUAACACACUCAAUUGCACCUUUCAUGCAGCGAAGCAAGACCCUUUAAUUAACAGUCCAAAAUGUAAUCAACAAGCAACGGUAACGACACUACAAUACCAACAAGACCAAAUCAACUCUUCCAAAAUUUUCUCUGCAGACUCAGUUUGAAGGCAAACAACAAUCCAACUUGUCUCAAGCCAAACUGAAAAGAAUCAAACUUUGAGUAUGAACUUUCCUAUUCGAUUUGCCUCCAUAAAACACAAAUCAAGUCUCUCCAAUCAAAAAGCUAAUACUGGCAUGCAUAAAGGAAGGAACACAAUCGCUAGCUAGGUCAGAUUGGAGCAACUUUUUUUGAGAUCACGCAUGGUUGGGAACAAUAAUACUGGAAUGCAAGGUUCACUAGGUGAAUCACGCCAAAACCAGCUGUGACCAUCUCACGGGUUAAUCUCACGCCCGUGAGAUUAACAGAUGAGCCGUGAGAAGUCCAGCAUUUCAAUUACACAAACACGGCUCAUCUCACGGCCGUGAUACUGUCGAACCCAACCCGUGAAAACCCCUGGAACUCCCCCCCUUUUUUUAAAAAAUCUAACGGUACGUCUCCCGGCCGUGAGAUUUUCAGAUGUGAGGCGUGUUUUUGAGUUUCAGCUGUGACCAUAUCACGGGUUAAUCUCACGCUCGUGAUAUUUACAGAUGAGCCGUGAGAAGUGCAUUUUUACAGAUGAAUCUCUAAUCAGAAAAAUAAUACUAGAAUGCAUAAAAGAAUGAACUAAUGAUUAAGCAUGAGGAGAAGAAGUCCAAGGUUCACUUGAUGAAUCACGGCAUAACCUAUCAAUUGCAUCACAAUCUUGCUCUAAUAGUAAACCGAAGUACUAAUCACAUAAACGUAGACGGAGCCAGCAUUCAAACGAAAUAAAAAGCUCAAAUGAAUGCAAAGAAUCACAUAAGACUAAUGCAAAGCUCAUGCAAAGAAUCACAGAAGACAAAUGCUUCGAUUACCCUUUUCUAGAAUACAUCCACACAACAACCAUACUAAAAAUAGUUGCUAGCUUAACCACAAUGGGAACAUGAUUAGGACUCCUCUCCCAGCGCUCACAAAGACAAGAUGAAUCGCAUGCUUGGAAUGACGAUUAUGUAACUCAACAAGGCAAUAGCUCUCUCGACACGUGCAACUCACACCGGUUUUCCAAGUGAAAUGGAGUUUCACUUGAUGAAUCUCUAAUCAGACAAACAAUCUUGAAUAACAAUUCACGGCUGAAGUUAAAAGGGCAAGAUUUCAGUAACUUGCCUGGAAUUGAAGACUAAGAUUGCAGCUCUAUCACAAGAGAAAUUGAAUUCUGAAUCCAACGUGUAGUAUCUGAAAGAGUUACCAGAUCAAAGUCCCUACACAUAAUACAAAAAGUGAAAGUGAACUCACGUAAACAGCAAAAAUCAUAGACAGGUUACGAUUAAGGUGAUGCUAAUACUGCAGCUCCUUGUGGCAGUACAAAAGCAUCCUAGAAGAAAGAAAGGAUUCCUACUGUAUUAACCAUUACGUACUACGGAUGGGGCAUUAAGUAAUUCAGGCUAGCUUUUUUCCUAGUUCAUCUUCCAUUAUCCGCGAAUCCGAGACUCAACACUUCACCUGGGAUUUCACUAGCUAAAUGAACUUUCCGUGGAGCACUUUUGAACUAGAAUCCCCAGAAAAUUGACCAAGAUCCAACAUUUAGAUGGCUAGCAAUUCUAUUGUUCAGAGUCUACAAAGUUUCCAAUAUCUAUUUGAUCCUAAUUACUGCUCAAUAUCAUCAAGGAUCUCUAAAUUCAGCACAAUAACAAUCCAUAGUUUGCCCAUCGCUUUUCCCCAACUAAAAACAAUCAAAUCCCUAACCCACCACAGAAAUCCAAAAGCCACGCUCAAAAAGUUCAGAAAAGAGAAGAAGAAUAGCAAAAACCACCAAACGAAUUUUCAAAACCCAGAAAGUCAAUCGUCUUUUUUUACCUGAAGAGCGGACAAUCGCUCGGUGUAGAACUGCUCGACGGUAUCGGAAAGGCAAGUCUCGUUGAACUUGGAGCAGACUUUACCCUCAAUCAAGCAGCUCUGAAUCUUGUUCCAAUUCUUCCCUCCGGUGACCCGCUAAUCAACCCCUUCACUAUUGACAAUGAGACCCACCGCGAAAGAGCACAAUCAGCAGAGACCCGCCGCGAACCCAAUCUCACCGUUCCCGUCGCCGAUGCUCAACCACUUCAAUAUCGUCAAAGAGACCCACCGCGGAAGAGCAUAGUCCACAAUCGCGGAAGAGGAAACUUGAAACCCCUAAAUCUCUUUCUUCUCACAGCGUCGCCGUCGCAAUUACCCCUUGAUGCAGGCUCUCGACGAGCUCAAUCGUUUGCAAUCGACGAAGAGAUGCUCGCUCUCGUCGUCCCUUGCUCGCCGCCUUCACUGUCGUUGUCGGAAUCCGGCUCGCCGCAGUCAAAGAGAUGCUGCAAUCGACAAGCUUCUUCUACUCGUCGUCACCCACUGCUCGCCGUCUUCACUCGUCGUCACCCACUGCUCGCCGUCUUCACUGUCGCCGUCUUCACUGCUCGCUAGCUGCGUGGAGAGGAUCGAAGGAAGAGGAUAGAAGGAAGAAUGGUUUCGGCGGUGAGAAGAGGUGAGAAGAAUGGUUUCGGCCGUGAGAAGAGGUGUGAACCCAAAUAAUUUCAAGCAACCGGUUGUACCGGUUGUCCCAAACAAAUAAAAUAAUAUAUUAAUAAUUUAAAUAAAAUCUAAUGGUUGAUAAAGGUUGAACAUGAUCUAAUGGCUGUAAAUGUUUUAUAGCACCAAUACUAUAAAGCACACUAAAAUGCCUCCUGAUUCGAUAUGGUGAUGAUUCGAUAUGUGCUGCUACGGGCAAAUGGUUUUGCAGUCCGGACGACUUUUCCGAGAUGCAGCACGCAGCCUCAGGUGAUAUUGGACGUCAUACACGAGCUGGAUUGUUACCCAGCCGACGAAUUUCCGGGUGAUGGAUCGAUCUUGGUCUACGAAUAUGCUUCCUGUACUUUUGUUGAUGUUGUUGUCUCUGAUCGAUCAAAGUAGGUAGACAUUUUAAUAAAUCAUACGUGUAUGCGGUGAACAAAAUUUGUACUUCUCAUACCGCAUGCAUACAACAGAUCCCAGACUUGAUCUUCAUUCUCAAUAUAUAGUUAUCUUGUACUAUAGCUAGCUUAGCUUGAUGUCCAGCUCGUCGCCCAGAGAACAUUAAAAGUCAGAUUCCUUUUGGAAUGCACUAUUGACUAUACCAUACCACGAUGUUAUCGUUAUGAAUGCAUUUAUGUAUUUGGUUCUUAUCCUUAAUUAAGAGAGUGUCUUACAUAUAUACUAAAAUUAGGAUCCGGAUCAUGUCACUAACUUUAGUGUUAGUAAUUAUGAUUAACCUGUCCAUAGACGUAGUUUUUAGUUUGCAGCUCUCACUGAACCUCCAUAGGAGUAGAGUAAUUUAACUUAGUUUUCAUUCCCAGAAACCAUCAAUCAAACACCAUCGUUCGAACUUUAGUUGAAGAGGCAUGAGCCAUGUCUUAGUAAUCGUUGUCCAAAGAAUUCAAAAGUGCAAUCAAUCUAAAUUCAAAGCAAGUUUUCUCACCGGAAAACAAGAGUACAAAUAAAGGAGUUACGAUGAAGCUGCCACAUGAAUAGAAUUACGCCGUUUUAACUUCUGAUAGUCGUUUGGGACUUCAAACCUAAUCGUGCACAAAUGAGGAAUGACAUGUUUUUGUACACAAAUCGUGCCCAAAAAAGUGACCAUUCUUAACGAUUUUGACCACGCUUUUGUUCACAAAAUAUUUUUACGUAGAAACUUAAUAUUUUUGGCGGGCCUAAAAUGUAACGGUUUUUACACUUUGAUGCACGUUUUUUACUCACUACUGCUUUCGGCAUCGUGUGGUAGUGACUGUGAAAAAAAAAUACUCCUACUAAUUAGAUUUUGUUGGAAAAUGUUUAGUUAUAGAUUUUAUACCAUACAUUAAUACACUUUUCGAACUCAAGUCACUCAUAUGGUAUCGAAGUUCCGGACCAACUAGUUGAGAAAUCUUGACAUGACAUAAGAGCUUUCUAUGAUCGAGAGAUCUUUUGUUUGAAUUCAGACAACCCAUUCUAAGAUUAAGCAAACUUCAUGUCCAUAUUAGUAGCUUGAGUUUGAGGGGUUGUUGUAUAAGAUUCAGCAUUAAACUUAUUUCGACACUAAAGUUAAUUGAAAUUAACUGGAUUUUAAUAUAAUAUCAUAGUUUUUUGUGAUAAACAUUUCAAAUCCAUGUGAAAGGCUCCUCGUUUAAGAAACCGACUUCUAAUAAUGAAUUCUCUUUCAACGAGGGAGACAACUUUGGAAUGGAAUCUGCUGAAACCGGAUGCAGAAUCGAUGUUUCCGCCUUUCGUACGUUGAUGAAUAUCGUAAAAUUCGUAAGCUAUUAUGAAAGAUGAGGGUGCUGUCUAUCCUACUCCUAAUGAUAUAAUAUUGCAAGCAAUGAAAUUCUUCCAUCAACCAUCCGAAUAGGUGUGAGUUGGAAAUUUAUCAAUGUGCAUUUCACACACAUCAAUCACUCAUCAAUUACAAUUUUGAUUAUUUGAUGGAUGUUAAAUCGCGAAUUAACCACACACAUACUCACCCAUCCUUAUUUAAAUCCCAUUACAUAAGUGGCUUUCGUUUGAUAGGGAAGAGAUACGGUAUAAAUAUAAAACUACGAGUUAUUAUUUCAGCUGAGUUGUUUUAGUUUUCAUACAUGCUAGGUGGCGCGAUGCCGCGCCUUGUCGCGGGCGGAGAUGGUUUAUCAGCAUGUAUUAUGUGGUCCGUUAUGGUACUAAAAUAUAAUGUUCCAUCAAUAUUUUGAGGAUUUAUAUGCCAAAAAGAUAGACUUAAGUUAUUAAUCUAAAGAUCUAUUAAGUUAAGGUACCAAACUAUAAUUUGCUUAUGGAUAAAACCCAUCAAAUUUUACCCAUUUACCAUCUAUUUAGAUUUCAUACUCAACCCAAUUGAGUUGGACAAUAAAAUACCCAUGACAAAAAAAUUGAUAUCCUGCCAAAAUACUCCCAUAAAUGUUAGUGAACACCAUCACAAGAAAAGAACAAAAAUGUUACACGUAGGUUAGAAAAUUGAUUUCUCAAUUCAUCACGAUAGGUUGAUAAUUAUACAAAGUUGAUGGGUUGUAGAAAGAACGACAAUAUCUAAGAUUUGUAGGAGCCUCUUUUUUUAUGUAGAAAUGACAAUACGUAAGAUUAGUAGGGGCUCUUAUUAUUAUUUUUAAAUGUAUUUAAAUUAAAAUUAAACUUGAGGUAUCAAAAUGUAAAAUGUAAAAUGUACAUUAUAAUGACUAAUUGGUAAUUUUUUAGGCAACAAUAACUAGACUUAUAUACG